UAGAAACUUACAGUCCGAACUUGAGGAAGAAACGUUGGCCAUAUGUUCGUACAAGUUGUAGUAACAGGGGAAAAAGCUGUAGCAUAGCAAUGCGGAAAUCUCCCGCCUGGAAGAUGGCAGAGCCUGAAUGGCGGUAGAAAUAGAGAGAGGAGAUGGAGGAAGGAGAAAGCUAAGCCACAGUCAUAUAAGCAAGUAUAAUGAAUGAUGAAGCAAGAAGUUCUCGGAGAAGAGAAUCCGGGCUUGAUCCGAUUUUCGGUCUCUUCCUUUACCUAGUUCUUCCAGGAUGUUAGUCCACCUUUCUUCUUCUGUAAGGCGUUCGGCAUGCUCUUCGAGAAACAGGUUAUUGUCCCAAAGCGCAGCUCGACACGCAGUGACCAAUAUGCAAAUGCCAGCCAUGUCUCCUACCAUGACGGAAGGCGGUAUUGCUUCCUGGAAGAAGGAGGAAGGGGAAAGCUUUGUCGCUGGGGAUGUUUUGCUUGAAAUAGAAACGGAUAAAGCGACUAUUGAUGUUGAAGCCCAGGACGACGGUAUUCUGGGUAAAAUUCUAGUCCCAGACGGCACAAAAAAUGUCAAAAUUGGGAAAAUAAUAGCUUUAUUAGCUGAGGAAGGCGACGAUAUAUCCAACCUCCAGCCUCCAAAGGAAGACGCGUCCGAUGCACCGAAGCAGGAGGCAUCAUCUUCAUCUUCCACUUCCAUCUCGUCCUCUUCACCACCCAAAUCCUUCCCGGAGCCUUCCGCACCCCAGAAAUCACAACCGUCAGAGUAUAUAUCACAUUCCGGGCCUAUAUUUCCUUCAGUGUACCGGCUACUUGCCGAAAACAACAUUCGAGACGCGAGUCAAAUAGCUGGGACAGGUGUAAGAGGAAUGGUCACCAAGGGAGAUGUUUUGGCAUUCUUGGGCAAAGCCUCUGGUCCGCUUGGUACAUUCAAGCAAUCCCUCACUCCCAUAGAAGAGGCCGUCAAGGGUCUGCAGAAACAAGAGGCUUCCAAGGCUACUCCUAUGGAUGGCGCUGCUAUCAGAAAACUCAUUGUAUCUACCAUGCUGCAGAACUCGGUCAAGGCUAAGGCUGUUCAGACUCCUAUAGUGCCAGAUUUCGAUUCAAUCAUAGCCGAUUACCUGCCUCCAUCAACAUCUGCAGGGAAACGGAUGGUCGUCGUUCCUCCUGUAUCCAAUGCCCCUCGCAGCUUCUUAGAUGGACUGUUAUAGAUUUGUAGCUACUAUUUUAGACUUAUCGCGUCCGUCCGUCUUUGACGCAGUUGUGAAUGCUCUGCAGUAUUCUACUACAUACCCUGAUAUCUCAGUUCCACAAAACUCAAGGAAUUUUUGAAUGUUGUCCAGCGGUGUGCUGCCUUGUGCUACGUAUUGAACCCGGGCCCUUUCGAGCCCUUUGCCUGUAAAUGAAAUUUGAAAUGGCCGGGAACGGUUAUACACAACGGAUCAAAGAAG